AAUAUGAACCACCAAUAACCCUCCUAAUUAAACUCCAUCCCAACGAUCCCUACUCAUCAACUAGCUUCUUGCCUUUUUCUAUUCUGAUCAUGGGCACCAUUGUUGAUGACCCGAAACCAUACCCUUCAGCCACAACGAACAUCGAAGAAGAUGAACUCUCACCCAUCGAAGAAGUCCGUCUCACGGUGACCAACACCGACGACCCAAGCCUGCCAGUAUGGACCUUCAGGAUGUGGUUCUUGGGCUUAAUCUCAUGUGCCCUUCUUUCAUUUUUCAACCAAUUCUUUUCUUACCGUACCGAGCCACUAGUUAUCACCCAAAUCACAGUACAAGUGGCCACACUACCUAUUGGCCACUUCAUGGCUGCAAUUCUCCCGAAGACCAAGUUCCGGGUCCCUGGGUUUGGUUCAAAAACAUUUUCUUUGAACCCGGGCCCGUUUAACAUGAAGGAACAUGUCCUUAUUUCAAUAUUUGCUAAUGCUGGAAGUGCUUUUGGAAAUGGAUCAGCUUAUGCUGUUGGCAUUGUUACCAUUAUCAAAGCUUUUUAUCAUAGAAAUAUUUCUUUUUUGGCCGGUUGGUUGCUAAUUAUCACUACACAGGUGUUAGGAUACGGAUGGGCCGGGUUGUUGAGGAAAUAUGUCGUCGAGCCGGCGCACAUGUGGUGGCCGGGGACUCUUGUUCAAGUCUCCCUUUUCCGGGCGUUGCAUGAAAAAGACAAUCAACGUAUGACACGUGCAAAGUUCUUCCUAAUCGCGCUAAUUUGUAGCUUCUCGUGGUACCUAAUCCCUGGAUACCUCUUUUCGACGCUCUCAAGCAUUUCAUGGGUUUGUUGGGCAUUCUCGGGUUCAGUGAAGGCACAACAACUUGGGUCAGGCAUGAGAGGUCUUGGGCUUGGAGCCAUAACACUAGAUUGGUCUGUUGUAGCGUCGUUUUUGUUUAGCCCGCUAAUCAGCCCGUUCUUUGCCAUUGUCAAUGUGUUUUUGGGAUAUGCGUUGAUAAUCUAUGUUGUUAUGCCAUUGUCGUAUUGGGGUGUGGACUUGUACGGUGCUCAUAGAUUUCCUAUCUUUUCGUCACACUUGUUUACGGCUGAGGGUCAAAAAUAUAACAUAUCAGCGAUUGUUAAUGACAAGUUUCAGAUAGAUAUGGUGAAGUAUGAAGAACAAGGAAGGAUUCAUUUAAGCACAUUCUUCGCUCUCACAUAUGGUUUUGGAUUUGCAGCAAUUGCAUCCACUCUGACCCAUGUGGGUUUCUUCUAUGGAAGGGAAAUCUAUGAUAGAUUUCGAGCUUCAUACAAGGAGAAAGAGGAUAUACACACAAGACUCAUGAAGAGAUACAUAGAUAUACCGAACUGGUGGUUCCAUUUGUUACUACUAGUGACACUCGUAGUCUCUCUAAUACUUUGCACUGUCUUAAAUGAUCAAGUUCAGAUGCCAUGGUGGGGACUUAUCUUUGCAUCUGUAAUUGCCUUCGUCUUUACCCUCCCAAUAAGCAUCAUCACUGCCACGACAAAUCAGACACCCGGGCUGAACAUAAUAACGGAAUACAUUAUGGGUGUUAUAUUGCCAGGAAGACCGAUAGCCAAUGUAUGCUUUAAGGUCUAUGGUUAUAUGAGUAUGACACAAGCCAUAUCCUUCCUAAGUGAUUUUAAGCUUGGACAUUAUAUGAAGAUUCCUCCCAGAUCAAUGUUUUUGGUUCAGUUUAUAGGAACAAUUCUGGCGGGAACUAUUAACCUUGUUGUGGCGGUAUGGUUGUUAGACUCGGUUGAAAACAUUUGCCAAGAUGAUCUCCUUCCACCAGAUAGUCCAUGGACAUGUCCAGGCGAUCGAGUCUUUUUUGAUGCAUCAGUCAUAUGGGGUUUGGUAGGACCUAAACGUAUAUUUGGGAGUCUUGGAAACUAUAGUUCCAUGAAUUGGUUCUUCCUUGGAGGUGCAUUAGGACCCAUCAUAAUAUGGCUUUUCUACAAGGCGUUUCCUAAACAAACGUGGCUUCCACUAGUAAACCUUCCAGUUAUCUUAGGAGCAACGGGUGCCAUGCCACCAGCAACAGCAGUAAACUACAAUUCGUGGAUUAUAGUAGGGACAAUAUUCAACUUUUUUGUUUUCAGGUACCGAAAACAGUGGUGGCAGAGAUAUAAUUACAUACUUUCUGCUGCAUUGGAUGCUGGUGUGGCCUUCAUGGCGGUAUUGCUUUAUUUCUGCGUUGAAGGGACAGGAGUGACUUGGUGGGGUACCGACGGGGAACAUUGUCAAUUGGCGACUUGCCCAACAGCUCAAGGCAUCAAUGUUGAUGGUUGUCCGGUUAACUAACAAACACUUGUACAUCUGGAUACUAGCUACCCACUUUUAGAAACGUAAUUAUUUGCUGUAAUACUAUAUGUCCAUAUGUAGAACACUAGAUGCUCACACCAAGAUAUGAGAGCUGCAUACAAUUCAGAAGGCUAAGCAUGGUGAAACUAUAAUUAAGUGUAAAGAUCUAUAUAUAAAUGUUCUUAUACGUGAUUGUUGUGAAACUGUAGACUUAUUAAUACAUCUCAAAGAAGUGCAAU